CAGCUGCUGCGGGGCAAGGUUCUGAAAGCUUAUUGUGGUGCAGCUGGCUGCGGAUGCUGGUGCAGUUUCUUCGCGACUGUAAACUGGAUUCCCGGAGCACUGAGUAGUUAUCUGUGCACAGAUAGUACUGUUGGCAGAGCACACCGAUACUCGAUAGUCUAACGAGGACUGGAUCCCUGCUGGUGCUACAAUGCAAGCUUUAGGGUCCUCAAACAUGACAGCUUUCUCCCCAGACCCCUCAGCUCUGCCUUCCAGUGAACAAGGCACAGUUCCUAGAGUGGACACUGUCAGUGUCCGAGAAAGGAUCUUAAGAGGAUAUGCUGAUGAUCUAGAGGCUUUCAGGCAGAAGUUCAGGUGGUUUUGUUACUCGAAAGAAGAAGGACCCCGAAAAACCCUGAAUCAACUCUGGGAGCUCUGCAAGCAGUGGCUAAGACCAGACAUUCACACCAAAGAGCAGAUCUUACAGCUGUUAGUGUUUGAGCAGUUCCUGAGGGUUCUGCCUGGAGAGAUGAGGAUUUGGGUGAAUUCUCAGCAUCCUGAGAGUAGUGCGGAGGUAGUAAUGCUGGUAGAAGAUUUGAACCAAACGCUGGAAGAAAAGGAAGAUCUUAGCACUCAGGAUUCUGCUGUUUGCAAAGAGGAGGAUUUGGGAGAAGAUGAGAUGGUGGCUGUUCCUCCGAGUACCGAGCCACGUGAGUCUGUAACGUUUGAGGACGUGUUUGUGGACUUUAGCAGAGGAGAGUGGAAGAUGCUGGAGCCGGCGCAGAGGGAGCUGUAUAAGGAAGUGCUGCUGGAAAACUUAGGGAACGUAGAAUUCUCAGCAGGCGCUCCAGUUUCCAAAUUUGACUUGAUUUCCCAUCUGAAGUGGGUCAAGUUACCAAGGGUACUAGAAAAAGAACUUUCAAAAGGCCCCAGACCAGAGGCUGGAAGUGAGUCUAGAAGUGAGUUGGAUACUUUUAUAGAAGACUUGACUUUAGAAAAAAUCGUAGAAUACUGCUUCAGUGAUGAUGGUUAUGGCUUGAAGACAGAAUUCCAAAAGCGACAUGGUAAAUCCAAGAAAGGUCAUGGCAAGCAGAGUAGCCAUGGGAGUAAAGAGCCUGAGUCUGAAGAGAGCCCCUCUGGAAAGAAUUCCAAACAAACUUCUGGCACAGCCAAACAUCAGAGAGCCUCCUUAACAAAGAAGUGUCCGAGGUCGAAGGAAGGCAAGAAACCCUUCAGUUACCAUUCAGACCUUGUGAACCACAAAGAGCGCAGUGCAGAAAAGUCAAGGAAGUGCAGUGAAAGUGACAGGGACCCACGUCACCCUUCAUCUCUUAUUGAACACACGAAACAGCCAAAGAUUGGUUCGUUGAGUAAGACUCAGAAGUGUAGCAAGUGUGGGGUAACGUUUACUCAAAUCUCAUGGCAUAGUAGUAAAAGCUCUGAAUGUGAAAAGUGCCGGAAGAACUUAUUUCAAGAUGAAGCCUCAAACAAAGACAAAGGAGCGGAAACUGAAGAGUCCAGCAAGUGUAGGAAGUGCGGGAAAGCCUUCGGCUACACUUUGAAACGCUCUGUGUGUAUUCCGUGCAGAAAAGCCCGCAAAGCUAGUUCGUCCCUCAAACCACGUAAAAAAACGGACAUAAAAAGGCCUUACAAGUGUGAUGAAUGUGGAAAAAGUUUUGCUGGGUUGCAAGCUAUUGAUAAGCAUCGACGAAGUCAUACCGGGGAAAAGCCGUAUGUGUGUAAACACUGUGGGAGACCCUUCAGUGACAGCUCCUCAUUUUAUCAACACCAGAGAAUCCACACGGGAGAAAAACCGUACAAGUGCAAUGAGUGUGGGAAGUCCUUCACUCAUAGCUCGUCUCUUUCCAAACACCAGAGAAUACACACUGGAGAGAAGCCCUAUAAGUGUAAUGAGUGUGGAAAAGCCUUCAGACAGAAUUCUUGCCUUACCCGACAUCAGAGAACACACACUGGAGAAAAACCGUAUGUGUGUAAGGAGUGUGGACUGUCUUUCAGCCUUUUCAGUACUGUCGUCUAUCAUCAAAGACUUCAUGCAGGAGAAAAACCCUACAAAUGCACCCACUGUGAAAAAGCCUUCCCUACUCACUCCCGCCUCAGCCGCCACUUGAGAUGUCACAGUGGUGCAAAACCAUACAAAUGUAAAGACUGUGGGAAAACGUUCAGACAGAGUUCAUCUCUUAAUUUGCAUGUCCGAACGCAUACUGGAGAGAAGCCCUACAAAUGUGAUUAUUGUGAAGCAACGUUUACUCGGAGCACAAUCCUUAUUGAGCAUGUAAAAACUCACACCAGAAGUGUACAGUAUGAAUGUAAAAAAUGUGGUAAGAAAUCCAAAAGUCGGUCAGCCAGUCUCAGGCAUAACUGUACAGCAUAAUUCUGAGAACGCAGUAAGAGGAGGGGAGGUUAAUUCAGAUUGUGCCCUUAGUUAAAAACUUGACAUGUAAACUACCCACAGCAUUGAUUAGAAGCUUCAACUUUAGUGGCUUCACAUCCAGGAAGAGACUUCUUCCCCUUUGGUGCCUCUUCUCAAGGAUGGUCAGUUUUGAUUAGACUUGAUAAAGUUAUGUUGACGUGAAGAAAAUCUGCUGGGAAGAGAAAUAAUCCUGAAAAGACAAACUUAAGUUUGAGAAGCACUUUUCUUCAAGGAAUUCUCUCUCUGGCUUCCCUCCCACUGCCCUAUGGUAUAAUGGAAAAGAACGUAACUGGGCUGUCAUAGCCUGGGUUCUACCCCAGUUUGCCAACCAACCACUGUGUCACCCUAAAUCUUCAUUUCUUUACCACUAGAGUGAAAAGACAUUAAUGAUUUCUAUGCUUUCUUUUUGUCUGAUAUUCUGAUACUACAGAAAUUGUUUGAACAUGUUUGAUUCAUUGGAAUUGUUGUAUCCAGUGGACAGUUACUUUCUUACAAGAUAGUGGACUUGUAGAUUAGUGAGAAAAUGGAAUGUUUGGCAGAGGAUCCGAGAAUGUGAUAAACCACAUCGGGGAAGCUCACUGACGUUUCCCUUCAGAUAAUGCUCUAAUUGGCACAAAUGGCUCCAGCUCUUUAUCUUUUGAGAUUUGCCCUCCAUGGAUUGAAAAUCCAGAGAGCUUGUACCUGAGCCAGCCAGUCCUGAAAGUAAGAGUCCUGGAAAAGCAUCAAAGCCAACUGUCCGGGAUGGAUUAUUCCCCUGCAGCGAACACAGCCUCCUGCUCCACAGUGUAAGAAUUCUCUAUGGCAAAAGUCACAAGAUGCUAGACUGAAUCAAGUUGGAGCCUUGAUGUGUUUAGUUGGUUUGUAGAGUGGGGUAGGUGUGGACACACAAAGCUUUCUCUCUUUGGAAGUAAGGAAUUUUCAUGUUUUAGAGAAAGAGCUAAAAAUGUGUAAGAGCUGACCACAUUAGCCUGUUAUUUCUUUGGAGAGCUCAGCUGGUCUGAUAUUUUCUGAAGUGAGACUUCAAUGGAAUGGACUAUACGGGUAUUGAGGGGUAGUUCUUAAAUUUGUAAUUGAUGGAAUCUUAGUUUCUAACUAAAAAAAAAGAAAAGAAAGAAGAAAAAGAAAGAAAGAAAAAGAAAGAAAGAAAGAAAGAAAGAAAGAAAGAAAGGAAAGAAAGAAAGAAAGAAAGAAAGAAAGAAAGAAAGAAAGAAAGAAAGAAAGAAAGAAAGAAAGGUAAGAAAAAAAAAAAAGAAAGACCCUGAAUGAGGUAGUUUGGGUCUCAGGUCACUAGAUGCAGAGGGACUUGAUUGUUGUGUAGAAAUGAUUUCCUCACGUUGAAAUCUGAGGCAGAUCGUCGUGAAGAGCGAGCUACACCAGCACUCUGUCUUACAGGUGGAAGUCUCAGGCUGACCUGAGACUCAGGGAUACUUGCUGAGGUAAUAUGUUGACAUUUGAAGUGCUACCUCUGGGUACAAGGUUUGUGGGUUCUUCUGGGUGGCUCCUCCUCAUCUCUAAGCCCCCCAAAAUCUGACAUUACUUUGUGAUAAAUUGAUCAGUAUAGCUGUUGCCAAACGGACCUAGUAAACACAUUCCUGGUGCCAAAGGAACGUGGCUUAUAAGAAUCACAUGGGCUUAAGGAUUUUUGGAAAGGAUAUAUUUUAUUGAAAUAUUUAAUGAAGUACAUUAAAAAAACUCUUAAAAAGAGUUCUGUUCCAGGGUGUUCUAGGGAAUUUCACAAGAGGAUGUUUUUUUUAUCCCCGUCUCAGUUGGGGAUUAGAAACAAAACUUUUUUUUAACAACUUCAUUAAAAUAGAACAUAUAUGCCUAAACACCAAGGUGUGCAGUUCAGCGAGUUUUUGUCUUUCUUUCCCCAUUAACAUCGUGUUUUUAAGUUUAUGCAUGUUAUAGCCUGUGUGAUUCUUACUAUUAAAAUGUGGUUUGUUGGUAUUGUUUGUUGUUAAGUGAUAUUCUUUUUUGUGUGUGAUAUUCUCUCAUACGGAUACUUUAUCCGCAUAUCCGAGACAGGACGUUCUCUUCAUUCCCCCUAGACAGACUACUGUUAGGAACAGCACUGUGAAUUUAAUUGUAAGUCUGUUAGACAUUAAUCUAAUUGUUAUGCUUGGUAGACAUUUAUAGGUAGAGUUUCCGUGUCGUGUAAAUUUUUUUUUAACUUUUUAGGAAACUGCCAGAUAGCUUCCCAGUGUGGCUCCAUCAUUUUAAGUGUACUGGCAGCAGUGUGGGAAGUUCCAUUUUCUUUACAUCUGUGCCAAUCUUUAAAACUAUCAGAGUCAGUCUGCCGAAGUGUCAUUUUCAUGUGGUUUUAAUUUGCAUUUCCCUGAUGGCUAAUGUCAUCAUCAUCCUUUCACAUGUCUCCUUAUCUAUUUGAGCUUUCUAUUACUGUGUACUAGAGGGAAACUAUAAAACUGUAAAAUAGUUAUCAAUGUCAAAGUAUUUAUCACUAACUAAUAAAUUGCACAAAAAGCAUUCAGUCUGGCCUAGCACAUACUGAAAUCAAAUUUUAGAUUGACAGGUCAUCUAAAGGUUUUUAAUUUAUGAUUUAUGACUCUUCAUAGAAUUUCUUUUUAAAGCCUUAUUUAGCAUUUUUUACUUGUUUAUAGUGAUGAGUAUUUUAAUCAGCUCUAUUUUAAAACAAAGCCCUUGCUCUUUGUCUUUGGUCUCUCCCAAGCUCCUGGUCAUCAGAAUUCUUCCUUUCUACGUCUGGCUCUUGUUAGUACCUCACACAAAUAAAAACACAAUCUGUGUCCUUUUGUGCCUGGCUUAUCUCACUUGGCAUAUAAUAUUGCAGGCAUGCAUUGAUAUUUUCAGUUGGAAAUCUUAAACGCUUGCGAGUCAUUCAAGUAGUGUGAUAAGAGAACACAAGGUCAUCACAUGUACUGUCGACGGUUCCUAGACUCGUCAUCUGCGCAUGCGUGCUGAGGACUUGGGACUAAAUACCCGACUCCUCUUCGGAGUCCGCUUUAGAAAAGCGAGUAAGCACACUUUCGACUUGAAUCGUAAUAAAGCACUGUAAUGAAGCAGUGAGGAAAAAGCUCUCUUGCUUUAAAAUGACCACAAAUCUGGUCUUUUAACUCAGCUACAAUUGUAUCUUCUUAAAAGAAACAAAUCUUUAUGUUUAGCUGAAAAUUCCUAACAGAUGAAAAAAAAAUCUAAUAAAUCAGAAGUUUGAGAUUUGAGGCAAUAAAUUGGCUCCUCUUUGUAAACUUAGGUGUUCACUGAGACAGUAUAAUCAAAGUUUUACUUGGGCAAUGUCUUCUACAGAUCAUCUAAAACUAAAAAUACUUGAAAUUUUUCAAAUUUUGGGUCAACUGAUUUUUGAUAAUAGAAAUGUAUAUAUUCUGUGAGAAAUAUGUAAUUUGUUCAUGUUUACACUGAGCAGAAUUAUUAAGUGUUGUGAUGUUUUGUUUUCCUGGAGUGUUUUAGAUUGUUGUUUUUUUCCAGUUUUCUGAGUGGAUUAUGGUCCUUGGGUUCACUUUUCUCUGUCUGUGGUCCUGUUUGUGUGUGUACACGUGUGUAGGAGUCAAGCUACUCUGUGAGCUGGCACGCUUAUAAUCUGAAAUCUGUUAAAAAGUUAAGAUACUGUGGUUAGAAAUUUAAAGUUUAUUUUGCCACUUGUUUUUGUGAAAUUUUUAAAUUGUUGAAGAGAGAUUUAGAUCUGAAAAAAAAUUUUUUUAGUGUUGCAUACUGUGUUGUCUUUAAUACUUGAACUCUGCUGCUGCUGCUGUUGCUGCUGCUGCUGUAAAUUGCAACUGGCAUUCAUCAGUGAAUGUGCAUUGGACCCUGUUUCAGUCCCUUCUUUCCCUACCGUGACACCUACAUACAGUACAAGCUUCUGUGUCUGCACUGAAUUCUGCCUUAGAAAUAUGCCUUUGACUAAACUUUGCAUAUUUUUCAGUAUUUUUAUGUAUAGAAUAAUCAAAACUCUUGUAAGAAGCCCUCUCGGUCUAUGGUUGUGAAGUAUACGCGUAGCUCUGUAGCGUGCUGGCUGCACAGGAUGCCGCUGUAACCUGUUAGGAUACUCCUUCUGGGUAGAGACAAAUGCCAUUUGCUGGUUCUCAGUGCUGACCAGAUUGGUGACAUAUGUGUACGUCACUGAAAAACGCAGGCUUCUCCACAGUGCGCGGUGCAGUAGUUAAAGUGAAUCACAGCUCUGCUGAAACAAUAAAGUUGUAUUUAAU